CUUGCACUCUCUCUAGCUCUUUCUCUCCCUGCCUCUCUCGUUGUCUCCUGCUACAGGCUAGUAUCUCUGCUCCCCCCUUCCUCCUGUCUCCAGCUGGAGGUUAUAGUUGUAACUAAAUGCAGUGCUUCAGUAAGACAUCCUGUCUCUAUUCCCCUUCCUGGCCUACCAGUAGGUGCUGGGGAUGCUGUGUGGGAAGGGACUAGAGAGAGAGAGGCUCUGCCGACCUCGGUUCUGCAGGCCUCCCUGCCUGGGCAUGGGUGUCAUAAACUGGCAGUCUCACAGCCUAUGUGGGUGUUUACGUGUGUGGGGCUCAGCCAGAUACCGUGGGCUAAGGACCUGCCUCCUUCACAGGCGAUCACAGUGACAGGGGCUCGGAGAGAGAAAGGAGGUACCCCAAACCCAGACGGGUACAUCCACAUCCCCCUCACAGCGUUUUCCACAUGUGGUGUCUCUCCCUCACUGUGAUACUGUAGCUGGCUGUUCUUGUGAGCCGCCAUUCGCCUGCAUGAGUGCUGGUGGUGUUCCUUUCCCUUUCUGUCCUAUUCCUGGUGUCAUCAUGGCCUGUUUUGUUUGGAUACCCUGACAACCAGAACUCUAAAGCAGCUCGGCACUUCCCGCCCUGCCUCUCUACCCCCAGUGACGUCAUGUUGAAGAAAGAGAAGGAUGUGGAGCUGGAUAAGAGGAUUGAGGCGCUCCGCAGGAAGAAUGAAGCACUCAUGAAGAGGUACCAGGAGGUAGAGGAAGACAAGAAGAGAGCGGAGAAGGAAGGAAUGGUACUGCAAAGCCCUAAGGGUAAAGCAGGGGACUUAACCAUCACCAUCAACAAGUCUACCAGCGAUCCCCGUGUUGUGAUGACCAAACCAGGCACGGGUGGUUCUCCCACCCCAAAGUGGGUCCAGGAGCUUGGGGAGAGGGAGGCGGAGGGGAACCUGCUGUGCUCUGGGCGGGGCAGGAGGAAGCAGCUACUGGUCACCAUGGCUGGCAACACAAAGGGUAAGAGGGUGGUGAGUGAGAGGCUGGAGAGAAGGCCAGGUCCAGGUCCCCUCAGUCCACUGGAUGUGAAGAGCCCUACAGAGGACAACCAGCACCGUGUGGAAUCAGCAGCAAGAGGAAAACACCAGCAGACUCACACAGCAAAGAGAGAAACAGGACCACAGGAUGAAGUGGGGCAGGGGAAGUGUUUGACAGAGGAGCGUCACUGGCUGUCAGAGUGUGAGCCUUACCACCAGGAGUCUGAGAGGCUAGACCCAGCAGGCGACACAGACCUCACCAUCCCCACGUCUAAAGAGGAGCAGCAGGAGUACUUGUGCUGGAAGAAGGAGCGUGAGCAGAUCGACCGUGAACGCUUGGCGCGCCACAAAAAUGCCAAGGGCCAGUGGAGGCGGGCAUGGGACAUGGACAAAACAGAGAAUAUGUUUUCAGAUAAAUCUCCUAGGGAGAGAGAAAGGGGGCCUACAGCCAGAGGAGGAAGAAAUGCAAAGAGAGGUCACCCCAAAUCAAAUGCUGAUUCACGGGGUCAGCAGCUGUGGGGCAAAGACAAGCGGGGUAAAAAUGUUCCAGUGGUCAGCAGUAAAGCCAAGGGCAAGGACCGGCUGACUGGGAGGGCCAGAAGAUGGGAUGCCAGCGAGGAUGGGGAGGAUUUGCAGGCCUCUAAGACUAGUUUGGAGGAAUUCUUAGAAGAGCUUGAUGCUUUGGCUGACCCUGACAUAGAUGACUCCACUGCAGAAACUCCAGAGGUCAAAGAUGGUGACCUCAAAAUGGAGUCUUCGCUAACCCUGGAUGUGGUGAAGACCGAGAAAGUGAGUGGAAGCAUCAGUCCUGGCCUAGACAAGGCCGAGACGGCUCAGGCCCCAGCCGACCCCCUGGAGGACGAGACAUCCAGACAGGGGAAGGCUGAGGUCUCGUCCCCUCAAGCUACAGAGAAGAAGGUCCGCUUUUCAGAGGAGCUCAUCAAGGGGCCCGGGGCCUACGAGAAGCCCAAUACUGGAGCCCAGAACUCUGCCCGCUCAGAAACCAAGGGCACCAGCGCGUUAAAAGUUGCCUCCCCCAUCAAAAACGGACAGAAGUUGGAGGAGCAGAAGCAGUCCCCCGAGGGCGACCAGGAGGAUGCUGGUAAUGCCCUGGACUGGGGGGAUCAGCAGGCUACAGCUGUCCAGGCACAGAGCUCAUCUGAUGGGCAGAGACAGGGUCAGGAGGGCCCUCCGUUUCUUGAUGCCUCCAAAACAGAAUGUGCUGAAAGCGGCCAUGACGGUGUGCUCAGCCCUGUUCUCCCCAUUUCACACAGUGAUGUCAAAGACCCUGCCCCUCCGCAGGAUACUUCUGUCCAGCCUUUAGAGCAUGCCAAGAGCAAUACAGAGGAGCUGAUUGACUCCAGUCUGUCUGUUCUCAGCCUGGAGUCAGGAGAGACUCACCCAACCCACACCACCAGUACCGAUAAGGCAAGAGAAAAUGGGAAGAUUGUUUGAAGGACUUUUGACGUUGCUAUAACAUUUUCUAGAACUGAACAACAACAUGCUUAAUUAAUUCAAGCGUUUACCAUGAGCCUUUUAGUUUAAUACUGCACUUGCUUCCAAUAGCUCUUUGUAGACGUCCUGUGUCUAGUUGGUCAGGUAAACACUAACAUGCGCAAUGUUGUUUCUUUUGAAAGGAUGCUAGCUGCUCAAGGUGGGAAAAGGAAACGAUACAUGUUCAAGUGAAGUUAUUUUGAGCCUUUUGUCUGCUUGAAAAUACUUUGCUUACAAGCACUUUAUUCUUUAUGAGGUAUGAGUAUUGACAUGUCAUACAUUACUUAAAGUUGGAAUCCUUAAUGGUGAAACAGCUACGUCCGUUUGCGAUAUUACAACAACAAAGAAGUUACUGCAAACAACGAACACAGUUUUUUCCCCUCUGACAUCAUUACACGCGUGAUAGAAAGGCACAAUAUGUAUUGCAAUUUUUUUUACCAUGCUGCACUCAGCUCAGCAACAAUAACACCGGUGGUGGUGGGGCAGCCCGUGGUGCUGUUUCCCCUUACUGCGGAUUCCAUCUUUAAGUGUGUUAUUUGAAUGGCUGUUUUUGUUUACAUUUUAAGUAUUAUUUCAAGGUACCAGUCCUAAUGCUUGUAUUAGUUCAGUUCCUAUGGAUGACUAACCUAAACAGGCCCUGCCAUUAACCUUUGCCAGCCUUAGCAGUUGAAUGACAAAAUAUAAUUAGCAUUAUAUGCUAAUAGUUGUACACUGACUUUAUUUACAGUACUAGUCAAAAGUUCGGACACACCUACUCCUUCCAGGGUUUUUCUUUAUUUUUUACUAUUUUCUACAUUGUACAAUAAUAGUGAAGACAUCAAAACUAUGAAAUAACAUAUAUGGAGUCAUGUAGUAACCAAAAAAGUGUUAAAUACAUCUAAAUAUAUUUUAUAUUUGAGAUUAUUCAAAGUAGCCACACUUUGCCUUGAUGACAGCUUUGCACACUCAUGGCAUUCUCUCAACCAGCUUCAUGAGGUAGUCACCUGGAAUACAUUUCAAUUAACAGGUGUGCCUUGCUAAAAGUUAAUUUGUGGAGUUUCUUUUCUUCUUAAUGCGUUUGAGCCAGUCAGUUAGGUUGUGACAAGGUAGGGGUGGUAUACAGAUGAUAGCCCUAUUUGGUAAAAUACCAAGUUCAUAUUAUGUCAAGAACAACUCAAAUAAGCAAAGAGAAACAACAGUCCAUCAUUACUUUAAGACAUGAAGGUCAGUCAAUCUGAAAAAUUUCAAGAACUUUGAAAUUUUCUUAAAGUGCAGUCACGAAAACCAUCAAGCGGUUUGAUGAAACUGGCCCUUAUUAGGGAAAUUAAGACCCAGAGUUACCUCUGCUGCAGGGGAUAAGUUCAUUAGAGUUACCAUCCUCAGAAAUCAGCUAUUAACUGCACCUCAGAUUGCAGCCCAAAUAAAUGUAACAGACACAUCUCAACAUCAACUGUUCAGAGGAGACUGCGUGAAUCAGGCCUUCAUGGUCGAAUUGCUGCAAAGAAACCACUACUAAAGGACACCAAUAAGAAGAAGGGACUCUCGUGGGCCAAGAACUUGAGCAAUGGACAUUAGACCGAUGGAAAUCUGUAAUUUGGUCUGAUGAGUCCUAAUUUGAGAUUUGUGUUCCAACCAGUGUGUUUUUCUGAGACACAGAGUAGGUGAGUGGAUGAUCUCUGCAUGUGUGGUUCCCACUGUGAAGCAUGGAGGAGGUGGUGUGAUGGUGUGGGUGUACUUUGCUGGUGACACUGUCUGUGAUUUUAUGUAGAAUUCAAGGCACACAACCAGCAUGGCUUCCACAGCAUUCUGCAGCAGUAUGCCAUCCCAUCUGGUUUGCGCUUAGUGGGACGAUCAAUUGUUUUUCAACAGCAAAAUGGCCAAAACACAUCUCCAGGCUGUGUAAGGGCUAUUUGACCAAGAAGGAGAGGGAUGGAGUGCUGCAUCAGAUGAUCUGGCCUCCACCCUCACCCGACCUCAACCCAGUUGAGAUGGUUUGGGAUGAGUUGGACCGCAGAGUGAAGGAAAAGAAGCCAACAAGUGCUCAGCAUAUGUGGGAACUCCUUCAAGACUGUUGGAAAAUCAUUCCUCAUGAAGCUGGUUGAGAGAAUGCCAAGAGUGUGCAACGCUGUCAUUAAGGAAAAGGGUGGCUACUUUGAAGAAUCUAAAAUCUGUUUUGAUUUGUUAACCUGUUGAGGCUGGGGGCGCUGUUGUCACUAUUUAUGGUAAUCUUGUAAUUUUUGAAACGGCUUCCUACAAAACUCUUGAUCGUACAAUAUGCAUAUUAUUAUUGUUAUUGGAUAGAAAACAGUCUAUAGUUUCUAUAGGAGUUGAAAUUUUGUCUCUAAGUGGAACAGAACCCAUUCUACAGCAAUUUCCCUGACAUGGAGUCAGAUUUCAGAAAUUUUGGCCCCUGAUCUGGAGUCAGUUAAAAGGCCACUGUUAUUGCUAUGAGUAUACGGACACUGCUUACGUCUUCCCCUGGAUGCUUUUACGUGAUGACGAUUUGAAUGGGGUCGAUUGCGUGUUCACAGGCACUAUAAAUUAAAAAACCCUGUAGUUAGUAAGUCUUUUGGAGCUGCGUUAUGCGCGUGGAGGACACCGACCCGCACCUGUUCCAAGCAUUAGUGUUGGGAGUAAUCUUUCUCCGGUCAUGUUAAGACUCGUUAUAGGAGUUAAAAACAUCAUAAGGUAGUUAAUUUAAAGCGUUUUAUAGCAAUUUAUAUCCGUUUAGUGCGAUUUUGGGACAUUUAUUUCUGAAACGCUGUGAAUCGCCGGGCACGCUUCCAGUUCAUGCUGAACGCAGUUGGCAUUUCCACAUGGCAAGAGGACAGCUUUCCACCAAAAGACGAUUAGACCCAAGAAAGGAUCCUUUGCCCAAGAUACUGAUGGAAGAACAGCUCAAAGUAGGACAUUUUUAUUAUGAUAAAUCGUGUUUCUGUCGAAAAAUGUUAGUGGCUUAGGACGCCAUGUUUUUUGACGUAGCUUCGCUUGGCGCAAACUGUAUUGAAAAGUAAGGAUAAUUUAAAAAAUGUAAUUCCGCGAUUGUAUUAAGAAUUAAAUUGUCUAUCAAUCGAUGUCCACCCUAUAUUUUUUAGUCACGUUUAUGAGUAUUUAUGUAUAAGAGUAGAUCACAGUCUAAUAUGGCGCACGGACAUUUUCUCACCAGCUGGGCUACUUUCCCCAUUGUCUAACCAUGAUUUUGGUGGCUAAAUAUGCACAUUUUCGAACAAACUGUAUAUGCAUGUUGUAAUGUGAUGUUACAGGGGUGCCAUCUGAAGAAUUCUGAGAAGGUUAGUGAAAAAAAUAAUAUAUUUUGGCGAUGUUGACGUUAUCGCUCACUUUGGCUAGAAUUAAUGCUGGGGUAAUGUUUGCACCUGUGCUAUGCUAAUAUGACGAUUUAUUGUGUUUUCGCUGUAAGACACUUAGAAAAUCUGAAAUAUUGUCUGUAUUCACAGGAUCUGUGUCUUUCGAUUAGUGUAUGCUGUGUAUUUUUACGAAAUGUUUGAUGAUUAGUAAGUAGGUAAACACGUUGCUCUAUGUAGUUAUUCUAGUCCAUUUGUGACGGUGGGUGCAAUUGUAACCUAUGCCAUCUACCUGAAAUAUGCACAUUUUUCUAACAAAACCUAUCCCAUACCAUAAAUAUGUUAUCAGACUGUCAUCUGAUGAGUUUUUUUCUUGGUUAGGGGCUAUAAAUAUCUUAGUUUAGCCGAAUUGGUGAUAGCUACUGGUGUUGGUGGACAAAUAAAAGAUGGUGGAUUAUGCUAAUGUGUUUUUAGGUAAUAGAUGUACAUCUUUACAUAUUGUGUCUUCCCUGUAAAACAUUUUAAAAAUCGGACAUGUUGGCUGGAUUCACAAGAUCUGUGUCUUUCAUUAGCUGUAUUGGACUUUAAUGUGUGAAAGUUAAAUAUUUAAAAAAAAUAUUUUUUUUGAAUUUCGCGGCUCUGCCUUUUCAGUGGGGGUGGGGGGGGAGUGCCGCUAGCGGCACCCUCAGCCUAGACAGGUUAAACACUUUUUUGGUUACUACAUGAUUCCAUAUGUGUUAUUUCAUAGUUUUGAUGUAAUCACUAUUAUUCUACAAUGUAUAAAAUAGUACAAAUAAAGAAAAACGCUUGAAUGAGUAGGUGUUCUAAAACUUUUGACUAGUACUGUAUGGAACUUACUGUAUGUAAGUAGAAAGCUCUGACCAUUGCACUUAACUACUGAGAUAUGAUAGCUCAUUCAUUCAUAUGGUAGUUUACAGCUUGGUUUGGUGAAACCAGUUACAUGAAGUAAAAGUAAAUUAAAGUGCAUUAUUUUAGUGUGGGAAUGAUUACUUUGUAAUAUAAAGUUAAAUAGUUAUGGUUUUCAAAUGCUAAAAAGUUAAAAUGUAGGUAAAAUUGUUUCAUAUUUAUUCAAAUGUUUUCGGGGAACCCUUUGACUUCUCAUUUUGAAAUGUUGUGGUAUUAACUAACUGUCAUUAUUGAUUUUAUUUAUUUAUCCUCUCAUUUGGACUACUGAUUGUCAAAUAUAAUUUGCUGGAGAAUAAACCCUUGUUGACAUGCA